AUGAAGAAAGAAAGUAACCAGCAUUCUCCAUUAGUACUAAAAUCUUCAAUUGAAAAUGAUGAUUCAUCUAUGCCAUAUAUUGAUACUUUUAGAGAACACCAAAAAGACGAUAAUAAUGAUAAGAAAACAAAAAUAAUUUCUUCUGAUGAAAAUGAUAAAUUAUGUGAAUCAACUAAUCAUAGUGAAAUAAUUAAUUUUUUACCAGAAACAUUUUAUGCAGAAAAUAUUCCUGAAAAUAAUAUUUUUAUUGAAAAUACAAAAGAUGUAGGUGAGGAGAUUGUUGAGACUGCAGCACAAUUUGUAACACAGUCUUGUGUUACAUAUCUUAUAACAGGAUUAGCUUUUGUAUUAUCUGGAUUACUAUUUGAAAAUUAUAAAGAAGCUUUACUUGGAUUAAAAGGAAAUAUUGAAACAACAUUUGCUUCAAGAUUAACAACAGCAUUUCAUUGUGGAAAAUUAUCAAAAGGAAAAGCUAAAAAAUCAUAUUUUUUUGUCAUUUGUGCUUCCACAUUAAAAUUAUUUUUAAAAAAAGAGACAACUUUUAAUAUCCAUUUUGUGGAACAAAUUUUUGUUCUUAUGGCAGCAGCUAUCUCAUCAACAUGUUUAUGUUCAUUAUUACUUGGAUUUUUUUUAUAUAUUAUUAUGAAAUAUUCAAAACAAUGGGAUCUCAAUCCAGAUAAUUUUUUAACUCCAUUAUCAGCAUCUCUUGGAGAUUUUAUAACAAUGAUAAUUUUUCUUUUUUCUGGAUAUUUACUUGUUGUCAUUGGAAAUAGUGUGAAUUCUAUUAUAAGAAUAGUUAUUCCUAUUUUUAUUGUAUCAUUGUUUAUAGUAUUUAGUAUAUAUUGUGGAUAUGUUGCUUAUAAUGAACCAACAUCAAAAAAAGUUCUUAAAAAUGGAUGGUUUCCAAUUGUUAUAGCAUCAGCUGUUUCUAAUAUUGCAGGGUUAAUUUUAACUGAUAGUAAACUUGAUAGAAAUCGAGUUACUGUUCAAUGUAGAGAUUUUAAUUCAAAAAUUGCUAUUAGUCAAAUUAUAACUUCAGUACCAGCACAAUAUUUAUUUGUCUCAUUGAGUUUUAUAAUUUCUGAAGCAUAUUUUGUAACAAAAUAUUUCUAUUUAUAUUAUGGUUUGUUAUCAUUUCUUCUGAUGAUUAUUUUGAUGCAUUUGUGUAAUGUUUUUGUACAUUUUAUUUGGAAAAUUAAAUAUGAUCCAGACACAGUAUCAAUACCAAUAUUAACUUCAUUAACAGAUUUACUUGCUACAUCUGGUUUAUGUAUACUUCUUUCAAAUAUUGGUAAAGGAAUAGAAUAUUUAAAUUUUGACAAAAAUAAAAAUAUACAUUAUGAAACAAACAGUAUUUCUACUUAA